AUGGCCGACAAAAGGUCGCAGGCUUCGUCUCCUCAGGCUGUACCGUAUCUAGAUGGAUCCCAAGCACCAUAUCCAAAUGACCCUCCGGUACCAUACCCUGUAGGCGUACCUCAUCUACCUUAUCCAAUGAAUGAUGGACAUCAGUGGCAAGCUGGAGGGGUACAGUAUCCAUAUGCUAACUAUAACACCAAUCCUCAUCACAACAACCCCGAUGAUAUCGGCGGUGGGACAGGAGGAGGAGGGGAGAGAUACAUGGAAGAUCAGUUUAUUUCAUCUAAAUUUAGCGAUAAAAAUAUCCGUCGUGCAUUUAUUCGUAAGGUAUACGUUACACUUAGCAUCCAACUGUCGUUCACGUUUGCUAUUGUCUGCAUUUUCGUGCUUGUCCAACCUGUAAGGAAAUGGGUCCGUAGAAAUGCUUGGUUCUACUAUUUAGCCUAUGCAAUAUUCUUCGUCACGUAUCUGGUGCUUGGUUGUAUUGUGAGUGUACGCAGAAAAUUCCCCGGAAAUUAUAUAUGCCUAACUGUUUUUACAUUUGCAUUAUCAUAUAUGGCUGGUGCAAUUGGUGCAUUCUAUGGAGCUGAAGCAGCUUUAAUCGCUGUAGCGCUUACAUUUGCUCUAUGCAUCUGCAUAACAUUAUUCGCAAUGCAAACACGUAUUGAUUUUACUAUGUGCUCUGGUAUGUUAUUUGUAUUUGGAUGUGUCGUCAUGCUAACUGGAAUUGUGUGCAUGAUUGUAUAUUUUGCCGCUGGACCAAAUAAGGUUUUGCAAGGGGUGUAUGGCGGUUUAGUUACACUACUGUUCGGACUGUAUUUAGCUUACGAUACGCAACAAAUAAUGGGUGGAAGACAAUUUGAACUUGAGCCUGAAGAGUAUAUAUUUGGUGCUAUGCAACUUUAUGUAGAUGUUGUGUUUAUGUUUAUGGCUAUAGCUGGUAUAGCAAAUGCUGCUUCAUGA